AUGGCUGACAAAAGAGUUAACGUGCUCGUUUACUCGGGCAACGGCUCUACUGUCGAAUCUGUCCGUCACUGUCUCUGGUCUUUGCGCCGGCUUCUCGGUCCAAACUAUGCUGUCAUCCCCAUCACUGGAGAAUCUGUUCUCAAGGAGCCAUGGACUGCAUCUUGCGCUCUGUUCGUCAUGCCUGGUGGAGCAGAUGUUGGCUACUGUCGCACUCUGAACGGUGAAGGCAAUCGUAAAAUCUCCGCCUAUGUCAACAAGGGAGGUGCUUAUCUUGGUCUCUGUGCUGGCGGUUACUACGCAUGUAAGCGCUGCGAGUUCGAACCCGGCAAGAAGGGAAUGGAGGUAUGUGGUGAUAGAGAACUUGGCUUCUAUCCCGGCACUUGCAGAGGACUUGCUUUCCCUGGCUUCGUCUACCAUAGCGAAGCUGGUGCUAGGGCAGCCGAGUUGAGUGUGAACAAGCAAUCCUUGACUACUGUUGGAGGAGCUGUGCCUGAAACUUUCCGCUCGUACUACAACGGUGGUGGUGUCUUUGUCGAUGCUGAAAAGUACAAGGAUCAAGGUGUGCAGGUGCUUGCAAGCUAUACCGAGCGUCUGCACGUCGAUUCUGGCGAAGGCACUGCUGCAGUGGUGUACCGCAAAGUAGGCGAAGGCUCUGUUGUCCUAACUGGCCCACAUCCUGAAAUCGUCGAGGCUCUUGCUACAGAUGACAAGCAACGUGUCGAUUUCAUGAAGGCAUGUCUAGCCAAGCUCGGGUUGAGCCCUAGCCAGGACGAUCAAGGAGUGCCUUCAUUGUCUCGCUUGCAUCUGUCGACUCUUGAAGCCUCGGAGGUUUCCAAUAUCGCAUCUUCAUGGUCUGACAUCGUCGAAGAAGUCGACGGCAAGCAUCUGAUUAAAGGUGAAAACGACACCUUCAGCCUCGAAAAGCAAAGCGGACCAUGGAAGACCGAAGACUCCAGCACUUUGAGCCUCCAAAAAGUCGCCGAUGCUCUACCUGCCGUGGUCAAAGACAUCCUCCCCAGCGCCAUCAGCAACCCAUCAUCCACUCCAACCACCUCACAAGAACCCGCAAACCAAGAAACCGGCAUAGUCGACUACGACAAGAUCACCAAAACCCUCUUGGUGCACGACACUUCCCUGCCCGACACAAAACAAACCCCCUACUUCAACCACCACGCCUACUUUGCAAACCUCAGCGCCUACAAAGCAAAACACCACCACAACACCUCGGAAAGCUUUGGAAACGUGUUGAUGUACGGAGAAGUCGUUACCUCUACAAACACGCUCCUAGAAAAAAAUCCCACACUGCUUGAGAAGUUGCCUACAGGUACUACGGCAACGGCAACAACUCAAGUGGCUGGUAGAGGCAGAGGUAACAAUGUAUGGGUCUCGCCUCCUGGGUCUUUGAUGUUUAGUACCGUGUUAAGGCACCCAAUGGCUCUUUCCUCCACCGCGCCUGUGGUAUUCAUUCAAUACCUGUGUGCUUUGGCAAUCGUCAACGGCAUCCACACCUACGACCGCGGCUACUCUUUGCUGCCCAUAAAGCUCAAAUGGCCCAACGACAUUUACGCCCUAGACCCCACAAAGGGCCGCAAUGCGAAUACCUCCGACCCCAAAAACUACGUCAAAAUCGGUGGAAUACUGGUAAACAGCUCCUACUCAGGAGGCGACUACACACUCAUCUGCGGCAUCGGUAUAAAUGUCUCCAACACAGCUCCAACAACUUCCCUCAACGCAUUAUGUUCUGCCGCCAACUUAGCUCCUAUGCAAGGAGAAAAACUUCUCGCGUCCAUCCUUGUAAAUUUCGAAUCUUUGUAUUUGCGGUUCUGUCAUGCUGGAUUUACGCCCUUGUUGGAUGUAUACUACAAACACUGGUUGCAUAGUGACCAAAUCGUCACUCUCGAGCAGGAGGGAGGUGUAAAAGCGAGGAUCAAGGGUAUUACCAGCGAUUGGGGUCUUUUGGUUGCGGAAGAGUUGGGUUGGGAAGAUAGGCCUACGGGACGAAAGUGGGAGUUGCAGAGCGAUAGCAACAGUUUUGAUUUCUUCAGGGGUUUGUUGAAGAGGAAGACUUGA